GCCGUCAGCUGAGCAUGCGCGUUUGAACUAAGCUGACUCCAAUGCCGUUUAGUUAGGGAGCUCACUAGUUUUUGAGACGCAGCCAGGGUCUGAGCAUGUGCUAUUACUACUGCAGUGGAGUAAAAUAUGUCACUUAUCACCGGACAGCAUCGACAGGAGACGGAGACGAGCACAAAUGCAAACAAGCAACCGGUGCAUCGACUACGCGUUUAUUUUGUUUUAAAACAAAAUGAGGACCGGCACAUUUAGCUCUACAGCGGCGGAGGAAUAAUAACACGCACAUGAUAGCACCUCAAUCCAGCAGGAAACCUUGGAAGUCCGGCACUUCUGGACCAUAACGGACGGAGCAGAGUGUGUGUUGACACUGCCAGACAGCAGCUUAACAACAUCACACUUCUAACUUAAAGAAGGAAGAUGGCAACCAUGGUAACCCCCGAGCCACUUACAGCCCUCUCCCGAUGGUACCUGUAUGCCAUCCAUGGCUACUUCUGUGAAGUCAUGUUCACGGCUGCCUGGGAGUUCGUGGUCAACUGCAACUGGAAGUUCCCCGGCGUAACAAGUGUAUGGGCGCUCUUCAUCUACGGCACGUGCAUCUUGAUUGUAGAGCGCAUGUACCUUUGCCUGCGGGAUCGCUGCAAUGUGCUGCUCCGCUGCAUUAUUUACACAUUAUGGACUUACCUGUGGGAGUUCGGCACAGGGUUCCUGCUACGCCAGUUUAAUGCUUGUCCAUGGGACUAUUCUGAGUUUAAAUAUAAUUUCAUGGGCCUGAUAACAGCAGAGUACGCUGUGCCGUGGUUCUGCGCUUCCCUUAUCGUCGAGCGCCUGGUGAUACGCAAUACGCUGCGGUUGCGCUUUGACGAGGUCGUCGAACACAGCCAGGACGAAGAGCAGUCGGAUAGAAGUGGAGGGGGACGAAGAGGAGCCACCAGCUCCAAUGGGUACAUGAAGGUGGACUGAUGUCAGCCCCUUUCCACAUCGGAAAGAAGAGUUGACUCUGACCUGUUCCCAUCACCUACAACUUUAUCCACAUCUCUCUGACUCAACGAAAGAGUCCCUCGGACAUGAAAGGCAAGAGACAAUUGGACUAGGAAAAUAACAGGACUGUGGGAAACCAUCAGGUUUGAUCUUUUGUCCAUCUGGGUUUUAUUGCUCACGUGGAGGAACAUCUGUAAAGAUAUAGUUCACUUAAAAAUGAAAAAAAUCUGUCAUGUAUUAAUGUCUUUGUUCUGCUGAACACAAAUGAAGAUGUUUUAAAGAAUGUUUGUAACCAAGCAGAUCUGGGGCACCAUUGACUUCUAUAGGGUGAAAAAAAUAAUACCAUGGAAGUGAAUGGUGCCCGCAGAUUUAUUUUGUUAUUGACAUUUUUCAAAGAAAUAUAAGUUUGGAGCAACUUGAGGGUGACAGAAUUUUAAUUUUUGGGUGAACUAUCUCUUUAAGGUUUGUAACUGGCAGCUGCAACCGAUGAAAACCAGAAAAAUAACCCUUUACCUAUCCCUGUCCACAAUGUUCCCACCAAACCAGUUCAUCAGAGACAAAAAUAAAAUGACUUGUGUUCCUUUGAGGACUUGUCAUCUCAAUAACAUGCAACACAGGAACACUGACAUCAUUUGUAGAGAAUUUAAAAACAAAUAUAUAAAGUGCUUUUGACAGAUGUAUACAUGAAGCAUACAGUAUGUGGUAGCAAAGGCAAAUAAUUGUUAGAGAAUAUAAGCUUACCUUUGAAUGUUAGUUUGUGGUAUUUAUUAUUAUUAUCUAUAUGUAGUUAAGAAAUGUUAUGAUAAUAUAUAAAAUGUUGAAUUGUACAUAUAUAAUGUAUACCCUGAAGCAAUGCCUUGUACUUGAAUUUGGUGUUUUUAUAUGCAUCAAAAAAUUCAGUGAUUGAACAUGCAUGAAAGUUGCCUUCCAAGAGCAUUUUCAUACUGACAUUAAUCUUAGAUGUUCUGUAAAAUUCCUUUUUUUAUUUUCACAGUGGUAAUUAGCACAUACUAAAGGAAUACUGUAUUGUUUUACAUGCGUACAGUAUGUAGAGUGCUGAUGCUCAGUGCUGUUCAUAAAAACAUUACCGUAUCCUGUGAUUACACUGGAAUAGAUGUGUAAAUGAAGCGAACCGGUGCUAGAUUCUCAGUAAGUCAUUUUAAGAGUUAAUGCUAUUAAUAAAGGCAUAUAUGUAAGUGUAUUGACCUCAGGAACGUCUAUGUUAAUGUUUCACCUUCAUGACAGUCUCUCAUACUGUACGUCAUGCAGUUAUAGAUUAAGCAUUAGAUAAACAGUGUGGCCCAUUUUCAAAAUGGACUUGGUAUUAUCAUAUAUUACUUUGUUUUACCUGCAAUGUAACAAAUGAUUUACACAUUGUUUGCAGAAAGCUUUCUUGCUCUGUAUUAGUCAUGUCACCGACCAAACAAACAAACGUUGCAUUUAAACCAUAAAAAUCACAUACGUCUGAUCCUUUUACACUGCUUCUAAAUAAAGAAAUUAAUGAUUUUUUUUGUCAAGCCAUUUUGUUUACUUCUAGAUGCAACAAGGACAUUUUUGAAUGAAAUGCCCCAGGAUGUUCUACACUCAUAUCAGAUUUGUUUUGUCUAUGUAUUAUCCUUCAACAAAAGCUAUAAAAAUAACUGCAUAUUUUCUUUAA